AACCUCCAGCAAUCAUCAAUGUCUUAAAAAUUGGUUAGAUUUAUGUAGAUAAAGGAAAGGAUGUGUUCAUUAGUUUAUAAAAAGUUGUGAAUUCUUGUUCUAACAUACACAUAAAAUAUUAGAAAAGCCAAAACAACAAUCAAAUUCUCUGUUAAAUUUCAUUUCAGAAACACAGCUCUAAAAUCCCAUCUAUCACCAUCUCUCUAAUCUUGCAGAGUUGCAGCCUGUCCUCUCGUCGUACUUCAAAACACUAAACUCGGCUCCUACAAGACAGAAAUAUAUGACCGCCACAGUAUAACUUACCCAAACAAGAGAGAGAGAGAGAGAGAGUAAAGUAGGGACUUGGAUAAAAAUGUUGGAUCCAACAAACGAUAUCCUUCCACCUCCAUCUUCCCCCACCAACUCCUCCAUCUCCUCCUCCGAUCUUGACACCGAGUCUACAGGGUCCUUUUUCCAUGAUAGAAGCACUACAUUAGGUACUCUAAUGGGUGUCACAUUCCCUGCCAUCACUUUCAGAGCACCAUCCCAGCACCGUCACCCCGCCGCAGCCUCCUCCACGGUAACCGCCUCCGCGAACGGUGGAAACCCCAGGAGGAACACCAAGAAGAGAAGGAAUCUGGCGGCUUCUUCGGUGGCGGAGCGGAGGAGGCGGAGGUGGUGGAGCCUGUGCCGGGAUGGAGGGGGGGCUAAGCCGGCCUCUCUGGGUGAAUUUCUGGAGGUGGAAAGGAGGUUCGGUGAUGCCGCCGCGGAGCUUGAAGGCGUGAUGGUGGCAGAGCAGCCGAGGAACGGAGGAGUGAAUGGACGGUUGUUAUUUGCUGAUGGCAGGGUUUUGCCACCUGCAGAUGUUGUUGAUGAUGGUGGGUCAUCAUCGUCAACGGCUGGUGCUCUUUGGCGAUUUCCGGUUUCACUUACAGGGAUCUGCAGUGGUGGCACUGGAUAAUACUAGCAUUUAAAAAUUAUUUAUUGUUUUUCCCUUUUCCUUUGGCUCCUGUUAUUUAGUUUUAUUUUACUUUAGUCCUUGUCUAAUUCGAUUUGUCCCAAAAAAAGAAGUAAUUUUGGCCUUUUGGGGCUUACAUUUGUCUCUAUUCCUUUUGGAAAUAUUCAGUUGGGAUAUUUUUCUU